AAUUGGAUUCUCACUGCCAAUUGGUUUCAAUUGACUGCAGGAGCAACCGGUGUUUUUCCAAAAUAUCGUCGUAUCUUUUUAUAAACAGUUGUUUUCAACACAAAGAAGUCAUUUUUAAUAUUUACACAGAACAAGCAACAUGAUUAAGAACGCCGUAUCUCUUGUAACUGGUGGUGCAUCUGGUUUGGGUCGCGCUACGGUUGAAAGAUUGGCACGUCAAGGCGCUCGUGUUGUCUUGGCCGAUUUGAGCAGCUCGAAAGGCAGUGAAGUGGCACGAGAGAUUGGUGAUAAUGUGAUUUUUGUACCAGUCGAUGUGACCUCCGAGAAGGAUGUACAAAGUGCCGUGCAGACGGCUAAGGAGAAGUUCGGACGUCUCGAUUUAGCUGUGAACUGUGCCGGCACAGCUACGGCUGUCAAGACUUAUAACUUCAAUAAGGAUGUUCCUCAUCGUUUGGAAGAUUUUACGCGCGUACUUAUGGUCAACACGGCUGGCACCUUCAAUGUCAUUCGUCUAGCGGCCGGUGUAAUGGGUGUCAACGAGCCAAAUAAGGAUGGACAACGUGGUGUUAUUAUAAAUACCGCUUCGGUUGCUGCAUAUGAUGGUCAAAUUGGACAAGCUGCCUAUUCGGCUUCGAAGGCUGCUGUUGUUGGCAUGACAUUGCCAAUUGCACGUGAUCUUAGCACACAAGGCAUACGUGUGUGUACAAUUGCGCCCGGUCUUUUCAACACACCGAUGUUGCAGGCUUUGCCAGAGAAGGUGCGCACCUUCUUGGCCAAAUCCAUACCCUUCCCUCAACGUCUGGGGGACCCAUCCGAAUAUGCGCAUUUAGUGCAGUCCAUCUAUGAAAAUCCAUUGUUGAAUGGUGAGACUAUUCGCAUUGAUGGUGCCCUCCGCAUGCAACCUUAAGUACUUUAUUACAAAUUAAUCUCACCGGUGAAUUAGCGCACUCAGCCGGUCAUAUUGUUGCAUUUAAUCGGAAACUAUUGUUUUUUAAAUCUAGGCAUAAAUAUAAUGUUAUACGUGUAUCCAAAAGUCGAUAAUAUUUUUUGUAAUAUUUCAAAGCUGGAAGUAAAGUGAAAUUUUUUCAGAUUUUUUAUAAAAAUGAA